AUGAAAUUGGAAAACCAGUCAGAAACAACUGCGAACAUUCAGCUGAAUGCGCCGGAGUUGGUUGAGGCAAAUAUCGCUGAAGUUACAUCUAUAACCAUUGAGAAGUUUCUUGGAUCUUUCACUUCAGUCACACGUCUGUUAUUGAAUUUAUCACCCUUGAAGAAUUUUCAUAAAGAUGGUUUGGUUAGCGGCAAAUGGAAUGAGCCAAAGGAUGUCCCUGAAUGUUUGUUGUCACAAUUAGAGACAUUUGUGUGGAGAAGAUUGGAUUGGGGAAGAGAAGAAGAGAAAGAAAUAGCUACAUAUAUUCUCAAGAACGGAAGACGGUUGAAGAAGGAAACUUUCACGACAAAUCCCAUUGAAUCGGAAGGGCUCAAUAAGUUGAAAGAGAGACUUAAGGUGCUCAACGGAUUGGAUGGUGUGCAAGCGCCUUUAUUUAGGAAAGAUGGUGUGGUUGUCGGGAAAUGGAAUCAACCAAAGAAUGUUCCUCAAUGUUUGUUGUCUCACCUCGAGACAUUUGUGUGGACAAGAUACCGUUGGGAAAGGGAAGAAGAGAAAGAAGAGGCUACAUACAUUCUGAAGAACGCAAGACUGUUGAGCAAGGCAACUUUCUCUACAAAUAUCAUUGAUUUAAAAGAGUUUCAUUGGUUUAAAAAAUGA